AUGAGCACAGCCAAGCCCAGCGGGCUCAAAGCACCCAGCAAGAUAGGCAGGCCAACGGGGGCGCCAGCCACCAAGACCUCCCCUUCCACUGGUAAGAGCUCCUCCUCCUCGGCACCAGCAGUUCACAUUUCCUGGCUGUUUCUCAUUCCGGCUGUGGGAGCUACAGCACUUAACCUCUGGCUUUGAUGUCAUCAAUCAGCUUACGGUUGCAAUAAAAGGGGCUUUACUACUUCAUCAGUCUGGAUCUGCUGACUAGAUUUGAUGUAGACCUUAUGCUGAUCAGUCACUGGCCAUUUUGGAUCCGUAGGCUAUAGUAUUUACCCCCAAAAUCUCCAAUAUGGUGGAUUACCUAUAUUUUUCAGUAGGAGAAAUUGGGUGAAUUGAGGCCACUAGAGGCUUUAGACACGGCGGUCUUUAUCUUGCUGUGUGAAAUGUGAUCCCUGUGCUACUAUUUUCUUUAAAAGCGUUGACAGUCAGAGGUCAUGUGAAAAUGCGACUGUGAAGUUUGACCUCAUGAUGUCAUCCAAUAAACAAUUAUUUGUACAUUGCUCAGCUGAUAACAUACAGUGAGGGGAAAAAAGUAUUUGAUCCCCUGCUGAUUUUGUAUGUUUGCCCACUGACAAAGAAAUGAUCAGUCUAUAAUUUUAAUGGUAGGUUUAUUUGAACAGUGAGAGACAGAAUAACAAUAAAAAAAUCCAAAAAAAACGCAUGUAAAUUUUUUUAUGAAUUGAUUUGCAUUUUAAUGAGGGAAAUAAGUAUUUGACCCCCUAUCAAUCAGAAAGAUUUCUGGCUCCCAGGUGUCUUUUAUACAGGUAAAGAGCUGAGAUUAGGAGCACACUCUUAAAGGGAGUGCUCCUAAUCUCAGUUUGUUACCUGUAUAAAAGACACCUGUCCACAGAAGCAAUCAAUCAAUCAGAUUCCAAACUCUCCACCAUGGCCAAGAUCAAAGAGCUCUCCAAGGAUGUCAGGGACAAGAUUGUAGACCUACACAAGGCUGGAAUGGGCUACAAGACCAUCGCCAAGCAGCUUGGUGAGAAGGUGACAACAGUUGGUGCGAUUAUUCGCAAAUGGAAGAAACACAAAAUAACUGUCAAUCUCCCUCGGCCUGGGGCUCCAUGCAAGAUCUCACCUUGUGGAGUUGCAAUGAUCAUGAGAACGGUGAGGAAUCAGCCCAGAACUACACGGGAGGAUCUUGUCAAUGAUCUCAAGGCAGUUGGGACCAUAGUCACCAAGAAAACAAUUGGUAACACACUACGCCGUGAAGGACCGAAAUCCUGCAGCGCCCGCAAGGUCCCCCUGCUCAAGAAAGCACAUAUACAGGGCCGUCUGAAGUUUGCCAAUGAACAUCUGAAAGAUUCAGAGGAGAACUGGGUGAAAGUGCUGUGGUCAGAUGAGACCAAAAUCGAGCUCUUUGGCAUCAACUCAACUCGCUGUGUUUGGAGGAGGAGGAAUGCUGCCUAUGACCCCAAGAACACCAUCCCCACCGUCAAACAUGGAGGUGGAAACAUUAUGCUUUGGGGGUGUUUUUCUGCUAAGGGGACAGGACAACUUCACCGCAUCAAAGGGACGAUGGACGGGGCCAUGUACCGUCAAAUCUUGGGUGAGAACCUCCUUCCCUCAGCCAGGGCCUUGAAAAUGGGUCGUGGAUGGGUAUUCCAGCAUGACAAUGACCCAAAACACAUGGCCAAGGCAACAAAGGAGUGGCUCAAGAAGAAGCACAUUAAGGUCCUGGAGUGGCCUAGCCAGUCUCCAGACCUUAAUCCCAUAGAAAAUCCGUGGAGGGAGCUGAAGGUUCGAGUUGCCAAACGUCAGCCUCGAAACCUUAAUGACUUGGAGAAGAUCUGCAAAGAGGAGUGGAACAAAAUCCCUCCUGAGAUGUGUGCAAACCUGGUGGCCAACUACAAGAAACGUCUGACCUCUGUGAUUGCCAACAAGGGUUUUGCCACCAAGUACUAAGUCAUGUUUUGCAGAGGGGUCAAAUACUUAUUUCCCUCAUUAAAAUGCAAAUCAAUUUAUAACAUUUUUGACAUGCGUUUUUCUGGAUUAUUCUGUUGUUAUUCUGUCUCUUACUGUUCAAAUAAACCUACCAUUAAAAUUAUAGACUGAUCUUGUCUUUGUCAGUGGGCAAACGUACAAAAUCAGCAGGGGAUCAAAUACUUUUUUCCCUCACUGUAUGACCAAGUUUAUUUGUAUAUAGAAUACCAGGCAACAGUAAUUGUUGACGGUAUGUAACAUAGGGCACACUACGGUGAGAGAGUUAGGAAGUAUUGAAUAACAAGGUGAAGGUGUCAUGUUCUGUGUGCUAACUCCUUUAUGUUAGACCUGUUAGCUCAGUUAUCCAUGGACCAACUUUAGUGGAGUUGGCACACUGGCAGUAAUUGGAUGUUUUCUACCCGUUUCCCUGCAGCCGGACCCAAAGUAGCCGCAGCCGACAAGUCCACUCCAGGUGGCGGUGCAGUGGGGACGCAAGAUGGCGGCGAGAACUUCCAGGUCGGGGAGCGGGUGUGGGUGAAUGGGAACAAACCUGGCGUGGUGCAGUUCCUCGGGGAGGCUCAGUUUGCACCAGGACAGUGGGCUGGCAUUGUGUUGGAUGAGCCCAUUGGGAAGAACGAUGGCUCGGUGGCAGGGGUGCGUUACUUCCAGUGCGAGGUCUUAAAGGGGAUAUUCACUCGCCCCUCCAAGCUGUCCUACACAGAGGGCGAGGCCAACGGGACUCAGACAGCACCUCCGUCUCGGGCUGGGUCACCCACCCCCUCCACCGCCAGCCUGGCCUCUCACACCCCCUCUGUCAAGAAGGCCUCAACUGCAACGCCCACUACGCCAGCCUCCAACCUGGCACGCACAAACAGCGAGUCUAUCUCCAACCUCUCAGACACCGGCUCGGUGAAGAAGGGGGAGAGGGAGCUGAAGAAUGGAGACCGUGUUUUGGUAAGGCUUAGUUCAUUAACACUUUGAAAGCAGCGGUUAUUUUGGAUCAGGCAGCUUUUAUCCCGAAGCCUGGUUCAUUCCGUUCGGUUAAUAGGUGUGAAAGCUUAUUUUUCUGCACCUGCCCGCUAGUUAAUCUAUGCAAGUUGGUCUCAAAUGUUCCCCUUUUCCCCUGGGCAAGCCCCAGCCCCACCCCCUCCUCUUGCCCCUUGUGUGGUGACAUUGCCGUAAAUAUAGGCUGGUCUCAGAGUCACAUGACUGACCCCUCUCACCAUGGUAAUCACUCAGGAACGUGUCUACAGAACAAAAUCUCCACCCACCUCACUCCCAACUUCUCACUGACCAAUGAGAACGUACGUUCUAACACGCCUCCGUGAGCUCAGUGUCUGUGUAUAGUCACUCGGUUCACAGCCAAGCUCUGUCCUCUUAUGAGCACCUUCCUUCCUGAGUGUUGUCCAAGGCCCCUUUUUCUCUCUCUCUCUGUCAGCCUCAGGCUGUGUAACACAUUGUAUGGAGAGGAAGUGUGUCACCCACGCUCAGAGGAAAUGUGACAGGGACUAACCACAAAAAGACCAUAUAUAGUAGCAAACUAAAACUAACUGGUCUGUGGAGAUACAAGAUCAGAUAUUCACAAUGGAUAGGUUCACUUGAAGCGAGGGGGCUUUUCUCACUUCUCCCUUUAAAUGCUAUGCAUUUAUCGGCUCUGCGAUGUUGACAGGUUGCAUGUAUUGAAUAUUAUUAUUAUUAUGUACCGUUGCCUUAGUGGUUUUAUCUCAAGCCAAGCUAGUUACCCUCUAGGCGCUUUGAGAGUCUUUCUGUAAUGAAAAGUGCUCUAUAAGUUAAAUUAUUAUUGUUAUUAUUUUUAUUAGUCUUUUCUGAACUCUUUCUUUGUACUGUCUCUGCAGGUUGGUGGCACAAAAGCUGGUGUGGUUCGCUUUCUUGGUGAAACAGACUUUGCCAAGGGAGAGUGGUGUGGUGUGGAACUGGAUGAGCCCCUGGGAAAGAACGAUGGGGCAGUGGCAGGAACCAGGUAAUCAGACCAGAGAGGAUUAUCACACCGGCUUGAGAAAGAUGUCACUCUCUGGCAACCAAUUUGCAUAAAAGAGAGUUAAGCACAGCCAAGUCUUAUGGGUGUUAUUCAUAUAUUGUAAAAAAUAUAUGUAAGACAUGUUUUCUGUCUUAUCCCCUUCAUUUGUGUUUCCCCAGAUACUUUCAGUGUCAACCCAAGUAUGGCCUGUUUGCCCCGGUCCACAAGGUCACGCGCAUCGGCUUCCCCUCCACCACGCCGGCCAAGGCAAAGACCACGGUGCGAAAGGUGGUGGCCACGCCCUCAGGCCUGAAGCGCAGCCCCAGCACCUCCUCCAUCAGCUCCAUGAGCUCUGUGGCCUCCUCCGUCAGCGCCAAGCCCAGCCGCACAGGCCUGGUGAGACAUGCACACACACACACACUCAGACACACACGCACACAUAAGUGCACCCACAUACACACCUGCAGUGCAAACAAGAUGUCUGUUCUUUAAUUUGGUCUUGUCAAGUAGAACUCCAUCCCCCCCAUUCACCAGUCUUAAACACUCUUCUCCUGCCCCCCACCACAGCUGACAGAAACGUCAUCACGGUACUCGAGGAAGAUCUCUGGCACCACAGCAGUUCAGGAGGUGCUGAAGGAGAAGCAGCAGCACAUCGAGCAGCUGAUGGCCGAGCGGGACAUGGAGAGGGCAGAGGUGGCCAAGGCAACCACCCAUGUAGGCGAGGUAGAGCAGGAAUUGACCCUGCUGAGGGAGGAUCAGGAACAGGUCAAUACACACUCCCCCUUAUGGCUUAUGCAUACACACACACACUUCCCCCCUUAUGGUUUACACACACACACACACGUUCCCCCUCAUGGUUUACACACACACAUGCACACGCACACACACACACACAGCAUACAAGAUUCGCCCUCAGGAUUAUUUACACACACAUUCCCCACAGAUGAGAUCCAGGACGUUCCAGUAUUGGAACUCUCAUUAGCAAAAGUGUAUUAUGUCAUACAUGACAAUAACAAACCUGGCACCAUGAAAACCCCUUAGUGCUGUACCUCAAUCACACACUCAUGUCACAUAAACCUCUGUACUGCCAUCUGCUGUCAAUGCUCAACACUGUACAUUCCAAAACAUUAUUGUGUUUUUACAGCCAGCUGCCGGAUGCACAGCGGCCUUCGAUAUGAAUGUUGUUUUUUCUUGAGUGUCUCAGGACCUAUAUUCAUGACCUGUUUAAUGCAUAUUCGUGUGUAUCGUGUGAAGAUGGAGACCAAGAUGGACCAAUUACGCACCCUGGUGGAGGCUGCUGACAAGGAGAAGGUUGAGUUGCUCAAUCAGCUGGAGGAGGAGAAGAGGUGAGGCUUCAGAGGGGUGCGGGGUGACAGGAGACCUGGGGGCAUGGGGUCUUACUAUGGGUAUAACUAUGUUCUGAUGGUGGAAUGAUGUGUUUCUAAGAUUAUCAGCACAGUAUCACAAAAGGAAAAUGGGGGGAAAAGGACAGAUUAAGUAUGCGUAUCCAAUCUCCACAGUGGAGUGUUGAAUUUAGAACCUGGAAUAUGAUUCCAUUUUCAGAUUUGAAACGCUGUUUCAGACCCUUGAUCCAUGAUUCCUUUUCAGACCUCUUGUGUUCAAUGUUCCUGAACUAUAAUAUGGACUGUGCUCUGUGUGAUAGAAAGGUGGAGGACCUUCAGUUUCGCGUGGAGGAAGCUUGCAUUACCAAAGGAGAUCUGGAGGUAAACACACUGUUCUACACACAGUCAAAAAAUAUGUAUACGGCUUUCCUUUGUAUGCACAGAGUAGAAUCUUUGAUUCACAUGCCCCUAUCAAGUCAAAAUCUGCCUCUAAUUGACUGGAAUUAAUCAAUUUGAUGCUGACGUGUAUCAGAAAUACACCAACACUGCAGCUCAUCAGGACUGCAGUUGAAACACCCUGUCUUGUCAAACUGAGACAUUUCAAGGUAGAAGCGUUCUGAUGACAAUGCAGACUGGAGUUCAUCUCUGGAAUUAAGUCACUCUGCAACAUCCCUGCUCCCGAUCCCUGAGAUUAGAGUGGUGCAGAAUGUGCAUUAUAGAUUCUAACGUAAGGAAUUAAUAUAUCUUAUCGAAGGUCCCUAUUUGACUACUCUGUAUGCAUUAGAUCAACAGUUUGUCCUCCGGCUUGCGAUUUUAAGUUGGCAGGGUAGUGAUUGGUGUACUUAUCAGUGACAUCUCCUUAGUCUAGUAUGCAAAGGACUGAGCAUUAAAUAUUCUACAUAGACCAGAGAUCCGUCCUUCCCAGUGCCCACAGCCAUCUCAUUUGCCCUGUAAAAUGAGACUCCGACUAAAAUCAAAUUCUCUCUAUGGUGCUGAUGGCACUCACAAGUGACAGCAAGGUAAUCCAUUCCCACAUGGAGCAGGGUUGUGUCAGAAUCAGAUCUGACUGAGCCUGGCUCUCAUGCGCUUCUAGUAUCCAUGAAGUCAUGCUACUGCGCAUUGUAGAGGAUCAGCCUGAGCAUGGCACUGUGCAGACUCACUGAUCUACAAAUAACCCCACAAACUACUAUUCCAAAUUUGCGCAGUGCCUUUCUCAGGCCGAUCUUCACAAAUCUGGAGUUCUUCCUCAUUUCAUGACUAUGUACCGUAUUUUCCGCACUAUAAGGCACACCGGAUUAUAAGGCGCACCUUCAAUGAAUGGCCUAUUUUAGAACUGUUUUCAUAUAUAGGGCGCACCGGAUUAUAAGGUGCAUAGAAUAGAAGAUACUGCAGUCAAACGUUUGACUGGGGUUGCGUUAUGCAUCCACUAGAUGGAGCUGUGCUAAAGGGAAUGUCAACAAAACAGUCAGAUAAAGUCAAACUUCAUUAAGCGUUCUGACAACAAUUUUGGGGUCUUUAUACACACACAAGUGGUGUGGGACUGUGAGUAAGCACAGUACCGGUGUUUACUGACUACGGUAGCCGUAAUGCUGCAAGCGGUGCGGCUUUGUAGUUUACCAGUCGUACUGAAACAUUUCAUUAUUAUUAAAUAGUUUUUAUUGGUUUUUCAUACUGAAACAUUUUGACAGAGGGCCUUGAGCGCCGUGUACAACCAGUAUGGAUCAACCAAUUAACCAAUUGAUCCAUAUAUAAGGCGCUCCGGAUUAUAAGGCGCACUGUCGUUUUUGGAGAAAAUUAAAGGCUUUUAAGUGCGCCUUAUAGUGCGGAAAAUACGGUAACAUGUAGAAAUCCACAUAAUGGAUUCACAUAACUUGAAUGUUCCCAAAGUGUUUUGGAACAUAGUUUGCUUGAAAUAAACACCUGAGCCGAGGAUCAAUUUAGGAAUUUGUUGGUGUUUAUUUCUUUCCUGCAUCCCUCUCGUUAAGAAAUACCAGUGGCACAUCAGACAAAGGUUAGCACAGUGUUGUUCACCAACACCUCUCUAGUUCUAUUUGAUGGGAAUGAGGAAAGGUGGGCAAUAUUUGGGAAAACGACUAUCUAUUUCUGCCUCUCCCUUGGCAACCCAUAUCUUUGUUUACGGAGCAGAGACUCGGAGGCAAGUGGGCUCAGGGUGGCUGGCUGUUUAACAUGAACACGUCUGGUCAAAAGAUUUGUCAUUAUCUAUCCCACAGUGCCACUACAAUCGGGACCAUCCCAAUUACCUCGAAGGCGUUCCACUACAAGUGUUAUCAUUAUAAAUGAGUGCCACAGGGUUAGAAGUAAUACCCCUUUUUAUCUUCCUUUGUUUGUGUACUAACGGUCUGUGUACUAAUUACUGCAACAAAUGUAUUAAGCGCAUGCAUGCAGCUUUUAAAAACAAACGUACAAAAAAAACGAAAACCAAACCAACACGGCAAAUGCUUUGUGUUGAUUUCAAGCAGUUGACGGUGUACUAAUGUUGUCCUGUAACUGCUUCAGUCAGUGAUGUUACUGCUGCUUUUUCUUCUCCUCCUCCUCCUUCAUGUUGGCCCAGUGCUAAGCAUGGAACCACUGGAGAUGCUCCCCUCCACCAUCUCACAACCUAGUCACAGGCUUGAGCUCUAACCUGCCCAUUUCAAUCUGUUGAAAUCAGAAGUAAAUGUCUCGUCCAUUUAGAUUUUCACUAAUUUGCUGGCUCACUCACUCAGUUCACACAUACCUCUAUGCAUUCCUUCAUAGUCUGUCCCUGUUCACCAGGUCAUUCUGCAUGGAUUCCUCUAAUCACAACCAACAACUGGAUACCCAUAAGCAUAACACAUCACCCAUUUCCCUUGUUCCUUCUCCCAUAUUCUCAUAUCACCUUCCUUCAGCAACAUCCCCAAUGCUCACCUGUGCUAGGCAUGGGGUCUGCAUGGGGUACCCAUCCCCUCCCCUCCCCUCCCCACGCCACCUCCCAUCCCCACUCCACCUCCCUCCACACCCUCCCUCUUCCUCUCUGUGUUGGGCUGGCAUGUGAUAGUGGCACUGGUUGUGUUCUCUUCCUCUCCCUUCUUUACUAACAGACGCAGACCAAACUGGAGCAUGCCCACAUUAAGGAGCUUGAACAGAGCCUGCUCUUUGAAAAGACCAAAGCUGAGAAACUCCAGAGAGAGUUAGAAGACACUAGGGUAAUGGAUCUUGCUCUACACAGUUCUGCGUUUGGAAAGAGGGGUGGAGUGGGGAUGGGGCCAGGGUAAUGUUGAAAAUCUGGGGAUGGGGCCAGGGUAAUGUUGAAAAUCUGGGGAUGGGGUACAAGGGGUUACAAAGGAUCUUCAGAUACCUGUAGCACUGGCUUCCAUAUGCUGUUUUUCUCACCUUUUCUGCCAUAGAAUGUUGGGAAUGGUAGGAGUCAAUAUUUACAGUGCCUUCAAAAAGUAUUCACACCCCUUGACUUUUCCCACACGUUGUUGUGUUACAGCCUGAAUUUAAAAUUGAUUAAAUUUAGAUUUUUUUGUCACUGGCCUACACACAAUAACCAUAUAAUGUCAAAGUUUUGAGAAAUUUUUACAAAUUAAUUAAAAAUGAAAAGCUGAAAUGUCUUGAGUCAAUAAGUAUUCAACCCCUUUGUUAUGGCAAGCCUAAAUAAGUUCAGGAGUAAAAAAAAAUUCUUAACAAGUCACAAGUUGCAUGGACUCACUCUGUGUGCAAUUAUAGUGUUUAACGUGAUUUUUGAAUGACUACCUCAUAUCUGUAUCCCACACAUACAAUUAUCUGUAAGGUCCCUCAGUUGAGCAGUGAAUUUCAAAUACAGAUUCAACCACAAAGACCAGGGAGGUUUUCCAAUGCCUCGCAAAGAAGGGUGUUUUAAAUUGAUGUAUUGACUUAUAAUGUUCUGUACUAUGUAUUAUGUCAUGUUUCAUGUGGACCCCAGGAAGAGUAGCUAUGCAUCCUGUUUGCAAUAAGGCACUAAAAAAAUGUGGCAAAUACCACUCUUCAUAUUUUCAAGCAUGGUGGUGGCUACAUCAUGUUAUGGGUAUGCUUGUCAUCGGCAAGGACUAGGGAGUUUUUUUGGGAUAAAAAGAAACGGAAUAGAGCUAAGCACAGGGAAAUCCUAGAGGAAAACUUGGUUUAGUCUGCUUUCCAACAGACCCUGGGAGACAAAUUCACCUUUCAGCAGGACAAUAACCUAAAACACAUGGCCAAAUAUACCAAGACGACAUUGAAUGUUCCUGAGUGGCCUAGUUACAGUUUUGACUUAAAUCGGCUUAAACAUCUAUGGCUAGACUUAUAAAUGGCUGUCUAGCAAUGAUCAACAACCAACUUGACAGAGUUUGAAGAAUUUUUUUAAGGAUAAUGUGCAAAUAUUGUACAAUCCAGGUGUGCAAAACUCUUAGACUUACCCAGAAAGACUGACAGCUGUAAUCGCUGACUCAGGGGUGUGAAUACUUUAUGUAAAUUAGAUUUCUGUAUUUAAUUUUCAAUACAUUUGCAAAAAUGUCUAAAAACAUGUUUUUACUGUCAUUAUGGGGUAUUGUGUGUACAGUCGUGGUCAAAAGUUGGUCUUCACAAAGUUUGCUGCUUCAGUGUUUUUAGAUAUUUUUGUCAGAUGUUACUAUGGUAUACUGAAGUAUAAUUACAAACAUUCCAUAAGUGUCAAAGGCUUUUAUUGACAAUUACAUUAAGUUUAUGCAAAGAGUCAAUAUUUGCAGUGUUGACCCUUCUUUUUCAAGACCUCUGCAAUCCGCCCUGGCAUGCUGUCAAUUAACUUCUGGGCCACAUCCUGACUGAUGGCAGCCCAUUCUUGCAUAAUCAAUGUUUGGAGUUUGUUAGAAUUUGUGGGUUUUUGUUUGUCCACCCGCCUCUUGAGGAUCGACCACUAGUUCUCAAUGGGAUUAAGGUCUGGGGAGUUUCCUGGCCAUGGACCCAAAAUGUCGAUGUUUUGUUCCUCGAGCCACUUAGUUAUCACUUUUGCCUUAUGGCAAGGUGCUCCAUCAUGCUGGAAAAGGCAUUGUUCGUCACCAAACUGUUCUUGGAUGGUUGGGAGAAGUUGCUCUCGGAGGAUGUGUUGGUAUCAUUCUUUAUUCAUGGCUGUGUUCUUAGGCAAAAUUGUGAGUGAGCCCACUCCCUUGGCUGAGAAGCAACCCCACACAUGAAUGGUCUCAGGAUGCUUUACUGUUGGCAUGACACAGGACUGAUGGUAGCCCUCACCUUGUCUUCUCCGGACAAGCUUUUUUCCGGAUGCCCCAAUCAAUCGGAAAGGGGAUUCAUCAGAUAAAAUGACUUUACCUCAGUCCUCAGCAGUCCAAUCCCUGUACCUUUUGCAGAAUAUCAGUCUGUCCCUGAUGUUUUUCCUGGAGAGAAGUGGCUUCCUCGCUGCCCUUCUUGACACCAGGCCAUCCUCCAAAAGUCUUCGCCUCACUGUGGUGCAGAUGCACUCACACCUGCCUGCUGCCAUUCCUGAGCAAGCUCUGCACUGGUGGUGCCUCGAUCCCGCAGCUGAAUCAACUUUAGGAGACAGUCCUGGUGCUUGCUGGACUUUCUUGGGCGCCCUGAAGCCUUCUUCACUACAAUUGAACCUCUCUCCUUGAAGUUCUUGAUGAUCCGAUAAAUGGUUGAUUUAGGUGCAAUCUUACUAGCAGCAAUAUCCUUGCCUGUGAAGCCCUUUUUGUGCAAAGCAAUGAUGACGGCACGUGUUUCCUUGCAGGUAACCAUGGUUAACAGAGGAAGAACAAUGAUUUCAAGCACCACCCUCCUUUUAAAACUUCCAGUCUGUUAUUCUAACUCAAUCAGCAUGACAGAGUGAUCUCCAGCCUUGUCCUUGUCAACACUCUCACCUGCGUUAACGAGAGAAUCACUGACAUGAUGUCAGCUGGUCCUUUUGUGGCAGCGCUGAAAUGCAGUGGAAAUGUUUUUUUGGGAUUAAGUUCAUUUUCAUGGCAAAGAGGGACUGCAAUUAAUUGCAAUUCAUCUGAUCACUCUUCAUAACAUUCUGGAGUAUAUGCAAAUUGCCAUCAUGAAAACUGAGGCAGCAGACUUUGUGAAAAUUCAUAUUUGUGUCAUUCUCAAAACUUUUGACCAUGACUGUAGGGCUGGAACAACAACAUGUGGAAUAAGUAAAGGGGUAUGAAUACUUUCUGAAGGCACUUGAAUGUCACAAAGCAAACGUUGAAUGGUGUAGUUGACUAAUCUUUUUACUUGCUAGCAACUAAUAUUACUAAUAUUAUCUCUUGGCCUUAUCUGUAAUUCCAAGAACCAAUUUCAACGUUGCUUUAUAAUAUGCAGCAUCUUAUGCAGGCUUUCAUUUUCUUCCCAUUUUGUCAAACAUGAACCAUUCACAUUCCUGUGUGUCACCAGUACAGGAGUCUUAACCACAUGACUGCUGUCACUUAAAACAUUUGAAAACCUCAGGGUAAAUUUUUUUUACUAUACUUUCAAUACUAUACAACCAUUCUGUUAUUUUUAGAUUAGGUUUUAGCCAGGGAACGGCAAGGCCGUAUUAUUAUUUUGCCUCUUCUCCAUGUGUUCCUCUGCUCACAGUUAGCACACAGUCUCCAAGACUUUGCUGGUAGCACAUGGUAGCCAGACAGCACCCCUAUAUACAACCAUCCCUUAUUCCCAGUGGUCCUUUGUCCCAUCACCCCACCCCAAUCCUACAAUCCCCAAUUGUCCUGCUCCUGGGAUCCCCCGCCUCUUGCAAGUCUCUCUCCUACUCCCACCCCUUAGCAAUUAUUAUGUGCUUCCCUCAGGGGUGUCAGCCAAUGCAGGGGUAUUCAACUGCCAUUCUCAAGAGCCGUAGGCUACUGGUUUUCUUUUCCCCCGGUACUUAAUUAUAGGUUGAUGUCAUUAGUUGGUGAGAGAGUCUAUCUGGUUUUAUUCGGGUCUAAAUCGACCUCUGAUAAAAAGGUAAGGAUGAAAACCAAUAGAAGCUGCAGCACUUGGGGUAUAGUUCGAUACACAAAAAUAAUGUGGUUCCAUUUUAUAUCCACUAGAGGGCAGUGUAAUACUUCAACUGUAGGCAUCCUAUGCAAAAGUGGGACUGCACUGUUACUUGCUUUGCGCUACUACUGCAGCUAUGGUGAACAUCUCUUUGUAUAGGACCCUCUUUGAAAAAUAUUGCCCCCUUCCCUUAGACCUGUCUGAUGACAGGGGGAUUCAACAGCUACCCUCUUUUCCAGUCACUACAUGCACAAUCACAAUGUUUCCAAAGGUUGAAGAACACAGUUUUGUUUGAGCCAGAGUUGUGCCGUCCCAUAGGUGGCCACAGUUUCAGAGAAGUCCCGCAUCAUGGAGCUGGAGAGGGACCUGGUGCUGAGGACCAGGGAGGUGGAUGACCUGCGGCUGCGUCUGGAGGCCCAGCAAGGGUCAGAGGGCUCAGACUCCACCACCUCCCCUCUCCUGGAGGAGGUGAGCUCUCUGAGGACUCAGCUGGCUUCUCAGGAAGACCAGCAACGGGUUGAGCUUGCCGGGAUGAGGGAGAAGCUGGCAGCAGAGGAGAAGGUCCACAGUGAGGCAGUGGCCCAGCUCCAAGUCUCAUCCACCAAGAUUUCCACUGACAACGAGCAGUUGAAGCUGCGCGUCAGCCAGAACGAGAAGGAGAAUGCAGACAUCAUAGAGCUGUGGAGCUCCAAGCUGGAAUCUACCAUUGCCUCACACCAGCAGGCCAUGGAGGAGCUGAAGGUGUCCUUCAGCAAAGGGGCCGGCUCCCAGGUGACAGAGCUGGUGGAGACCAAGAGUGCCCUGGAGAGGCUGAAGGUGGAGCACAAGCAGGCACUGGAAGAGGCUGGGGCCAGGUGUGAGGCAGAGGCUAAAGCCCGGGCACAGGAGACGGGGGAGCUCAACAAACAGCUGCUGGUCGUGUCAGAGGAGAAGGAACGCCUGGAGGAGAGCCUCCGGUCCAGCAUGGAGAGUGCUGAGGAGCAGCACCUGGUGGAGAUGGAGGAUGUGCUAGUCAAACUGCACACUGCUGAGCUGAAGGUAAAGGAACUGGAGGAGCAGGAGGCUAAACUAGUCCAGCAGACCCAGGACAGGGCCAAGGAGGUCCAGGAGCAGGUGGCAGCUAUGGAGGCCCUGCGCUCCCAGGCAGGCCAAGGUAACCAAGAGCUCCAGAGUCUGAGGACCCAGCUGGAGGAGGCCCAGAGACAAGCUUGCUCACAGGGCAACAAGGUAGGUCCAUACCCAUACCAUCCUCCCAUUGUCCAUGAACAUAUCCGGUUUCUAUUUUACGUCCAUGUGAGUUUCCAGAAAUAUAGGCAUGAAAUACAACUGGUAUGUCAUGUUAUGAUUUAUCCUUACCUUCAAAGUCAUUACUUUGUUUUAAUUGGAUUCAUUUUUAGCUUGUCCUUCAUAUUCAUAAUGUCAGUCAUUAUUUUUUUCCCCCUUCAAAAUGUCCUCCAUGUCCAUGGUGUCACCCCCUGGCCUGUGGCUGUAGGUCAUUGAAUUGAGCUCUGAGCUGGAGGGCAAGCAGCAGGAACUUCUCACCUUGCAGCGGAGCCUGACCUCUGUGCAGCAGAACACAGGCUCUCUGGAGCAAGAGCUGGGCAACCUGGUGAGUACUAGGGCUUAUGUGGGCUGGUGAGGAGCCAGGGAAUGGGAGUGGGUGACCUUGCAUGACUGAUGGGACUGUAGGGCUUAAGGUAAGCUCAGGUAAGGAAGAGCAUAGUAUUGAAAUGCUAGCUUUUUGUUUUCAUGGGAAUGAUACAAAUUACCUACCUAUAUGUAGACCUUCAAUUAUACAGUUAUGAUACCAUCAAAGAUAAUCUGUAAUUACAGAUUAAAUAACUUGUGUAUAACAUUAUUAAUUGGCAAUCAUUUUUAGGUUUGUCAUGGAAUAAUUUUCAGACUAAAGCAUGCACAAAUGUAUUCAUCAAAGUUUUAUUUCCUCAGAAACAAAAACUGUCAGAAAGCACAGACGAUCAGACUAAGUCAACACAAACUAUGCAAGGUAAAUAUAUUUACUUUGACCAUGUUGGUUCUGUAACGUUAGUCUUUGUUUUCUUAUUACUUGGGUUACAUGGGUUUUUAUCAGCAAGACGUAUCAUAUUCCUAGAGACAAAAUGUUGACUUCAAGCUAAUUUAAUGACUAACAAUGAUGUGGUUUUACAUAAAUAAUGUAUUAUAUUGGUCCACAGGGCCAGGCAGUACACAGUAGAUUAAUGUAUACAGUACAUGUAUUUGUGCUGCAUGGUGCUAAGAGCUUGAGUGAUGCAAGCUGAUAGUGUCAGUCUAAAUUCUCUCUUUCAGAGUUGCUUCAGAAGCUUGGCAAAAAAGAAGAGCAGUGCACAUCGCUCUCCACCGAAUCAGAGGCUCUUAGAAGCCAACUUGCAGGUCAGAACACUGGCCAGCACUGUGAUUCUUAACCUACAGUACACACAGCUCCAUGUGACCAUUCUUCCUACAUACAUUCAGUGGUGUAACCUACACAAGGGGUCUCCAAACCUGCAGUUUUUUGUUGUAGUGUUUCUGGUAGAUAAACCAGGUUGUUAUGACUGAAUCAAUGUCUGAAUCAAUAGGGCAACUGAAACUUGCUUUGAGAAAGUUAUCCCUGACCAACGGCACUAAAUAUCACCAAUGUUUUACUAAAAUAAUCACUAUAGAAAGUCAUAGUUAGUCAUAAUGUUGAUACGGUGUAACAAAUUGGCUGUGUACAGUAUGUUUGCUUGUUAGGGCUGGGAAUUGCCAGGGACCUCACAAUACGAUAUUAUUGCGAUACUUAGGUGCCGAUAACGAUAUGUAUUGCGAUUCUCACGAUUCUAUAUGUAUUGCGAUUCAAUACUGCGAUUUCUAUUGCGAUUUGAUGUUCCAAACAUAUUGCUCACUAUAUUUCUGCUGCAGAGACGAGAGAGCAUGAGAAAAUGAGUUUUGAUCAGUCAUGGAAAUAAGUGCUGAAAACAUAUUGGUUCUCUAUAGGAUAAAAAUUACGGCGCAGGUACAGCCGACGACUAGUGCUAGCUAACACUACCUAGUGUCGUGAUGUGAUUUACUUUAAUGUAUGACUGUUAUUUAUCGAAUCACCUAUGUUUAAUUGUCACUCGAUUAAAUUAAUAAUGUUACAAUUAACUCAUUAGGAAUUUGGGGCACCACGAAAUAAGUUGUUUAAUGAGUUACCAUCUCUCGAAUUAAACUCUUAGAAGAUAUACACUGCUCAAAAAAAUAAAGGGAACACAUAAACAACACAUCCUAAAUCUGAAUGAAUGAAAUAAUCUUAUUAAAUACUUUUUUCUUUACAUAGUUGAAUGUGCUGACAACAAAAUCACACAAAAAUUAUCAAUGGAAAUCAAAUGUAUCAACCCAUGGAGGUCUGGAUUUGGAGUCACUCUCAAAUUUAAAGUGGAAAACCACACUACAGGCUGAUCCAACUUUGAUGUAAUGUCCUUUAAAACAAUUCAAAAUGAGGCUCAGUAGUGUGUGUGGCCUCCACGUGCCUGUAUGACCCUCCCUACAAUGCCUGGGCAUGCUCCUGAUGAGGUGGCAGAUGGUCUCCUGAGGGAUCUCCUCCCAGACCUGGACUAAAGCAUCUGCCAACUCCUGGACAGUCUGUGGUGCAACGUGGCGUUGGUGGAUGGAGCGAGACAUGAUGUCCCAGAUGUGCUCAAUUGGAUUCAGGUCUGGGGAACGGGUGGGCCAGUCCAUAGCAUCAAUGCCUUCCUCUUGCAGGAACUGCUGACACACUCCAGCCACAUGAGGUCUAGCAUUGUCUUGCAUUAGGAGGAACCCAGGGCCAACCGCACCAGCAUAUGGUCUCACAAGGGGUCUGAGGAUCUCAUCUCGGUACCUAAUGGCAGUCAGGCUACCUUUGGCGAGCACAUGGAGGGCUGUGCGGCCCACCAAAGAAAUGCCACCCCACACCAUGACUGACCCACCGCCAAACCGGUCAUGCUGGAGGAUGUUGCAGGCAGCAGAACGUUCUCCACGGCGUCUCCAGACUCUGUCACGUCUGUCACUGUCACGCCCUGGCUCUGGGGACUCUAGUAUGUUGAGCCAGGGUGUGAGUUUUCAUUUGUUUGUCAUUCUAGUUUAGAAUUUCUAUGUUGGCCAGUGUGGUUCUCAAUCAGAGGCAACGUGUAUCAGCUGUUGCUUGUUGUCUCUGAUUGAGAACCAUACUUAAGCAGCCAGUUUUUUCCACAGUGUUUGUGGGAUCUUGUUCCAAGUAGGUUGUGUUUGAUCCAAGGACGUCACGUUAUCGUUUUGUUGUUUUUGUUCGUGUGAUCUUUAUUUAAUAAAUAUGUUCGCAAAUAACGCUGCGCAUUGGUCCUCUGUUCCCGACGAUCGUGACAGAAGAUCCCACCAAAACUGGACCAAGCAGCGUGUCCAGGAGCCAUCGCCAGGGGAAUCGCUAGCGGAUCUCCGUGGCAACCUCGACUGGGUCAAGCCUAGUGAAGAGCGGAGAGGGUGGACUUGGGAGCAGUGGAGGAAGAGUCUCGACUGGGUCAAGCCAAGUGAAGAGCAGAGAGGUUGGACAUUGGAGCAGUGGAGGAAGAGUCUGGCGAGAGAUAGGGAGGCUUGGUCCACGGGGAGGACAGACACCCAGAAAUUUUUUAGGGGGGGGCUCACGCCGUGGACGACGGGGCAGCAGGAGGCCGCGAUAGAGCGGUCCAGCGGGUUGGCAGAGGAGGCCGCCAGGUUAAGGGGGCCACUGGUCACUAAGGGGAAGGAAAGUGUAGAGGCACGGCGAGAGGUACUGGGGUGUGUUACCAGUCCGGGCCGGCCCGUUCCUGAUCCCCGCGUAGGGCCAGUGGUGUGUGUCCCCAGUACGGUCCGGCCUGUUCCUGUCCCUCGCAUCGAGCCUGUGGUGCGCGUCGCCAGCCCAGUCCGGCCUGUUCCUGCUCCCCGCAUCGAGCCUGUGGUGCGCUUCGCCAGCCCGGUCCGGCCCGUUCCUGCUCCCCGCACCAAGGCAGUGGUGCGCUUCGUCAGCCCGGUCCGGCCCGUUCCUGCUCCCCGCACCAAGUCAGUGGUGCGCUUCGCCAGCCCGGUCCGGCCCGCUCCUGCUCCCCGCACCAAGUCAGUUGUGCGCUUCGUCAGCCCGGCCCGCUCCUGCUCCCCGCACCAAGUCAGUGGUGCGUUUCGUCAGCCCGGUCCGGCCCGCUCCUGCUCCCCGCACCAAGUCAGUGGUGCGCUUCGUCAGCCCGGUCCGGCCCGCUCCUGCUCCCCGCACCAAGUCAGUGGUGCGCUUCGUCAGCCCGGUCCGGCCCGUUCCUGCUCCCCGCACCAAGUCAGUGGUGCGUUUCGUCAGCCCGGCUCGGCCCGUUCCUGCUCCCCACACCAAGCCAGUGGUGUGCGUCGUCGGUCCGGCACAGCCCGUGCCUGUUCCACCGGUGCCUGGUUCGGCACGGGUCAGCUGCUUCACGCCGGAGCUAGAGCAAUCCGCUCCACCAGUGUGCAGUCCAGCUCCGGUCAGCAGGGCCAGACCGGACCAGGGGUACUUUGGGGGGUUAGAGAGGGAGUGGGGAUCAUGCCCGGAGCCGGAUCCGCCGCCAAGGCGGAGUGCCCACCCGGUCCCUCCCCUGUGGUGUUUGGUUGGCGCGGUCGGAGUCCGCGCCUUUGGGGAGGGGUACUGUCACACCCUGGCUCUGGGGACUCUAGUAUGUUGAGCCAGGGUGUGAGUUUUCAUUUGUUUGUCAUUCUAGUUUAGAAUUUCUAUGUUGGCCAGUGUGGUUCUCAAUCAGAGGCAACGUGUAUCAGCUGUUGCUUGUUGUCUCUGAUUGAGAACCAUACUUAAGCAGCCAGUUUUUCCCACAGUGUUUGUGGGAUCUUGUUCCAAGUAGGUUGUGUUUGAUCCAAGGACGUCACGUUAUCGUUUUGUUGUUUUUGUUCGUGUGAUCUUUAUUUAAUAAAUAUGUUCGCAAAUAACGCUGCGCAUUGGUCCUCUGUUCCCGACGAUCGUGACAGUCACAUGUGCUCAGUGUGAACCUGCUUUCAUCUGUGAAGAGCACAGGGCGCCAGUGGCGAAUUUGCCAAUCUUGGUGUUCUCUGGCAAAUGCCAAACGUCCUGCACGGUGUUGGGCUGUAAGCACAACCCCCAUCUGUGGACGUCGGGCCCUCAUACCACCCUCAUGGAGUCUGUUUCUGACCGUUUGAGCAGACACAUGCACAUUUGUGGCCUGCUGGAGGUCAUUUUGCAGUGCUCCUCCUGCUCCUCCUUGCACAAAGGCGGAGGUAGCGGUCCUGCUGCUGGGUUGUUGCCCUCCUACGGCCUCCUCCACGUCUCCUGAUGUACUGGCCUGUCUCCUGGUAGCGCCUCCAUGCUCUGGACACUACGCUGACAGAAACAGCAAACCUUCUUGCCACAGCUCGCAUUGAUGUGCCAUCCUGGAUGAGCUGCACUACCUGAGCCACUUGUGUGGGUUGUAGACUCCGUCUCAUGCUACCACUAGAGUGAAAGCACCGCCAGCAUUCAAAAGUGACCAAAACAUCAGCCAGGAAGCAUAGGAACUGAGAAGUGGUCUGUGGUCCCCACCUGCAGAACCACUUCUUUAUUGGGGGUGUCUUGCUAAUUGCCUAUAAUUUCCACCUGUUGUCUAUUCCAUUUGCACAACAGCAUGUGAAAUGUAUUGUCAAUCAGUGUUGCUUCCUAAGUGGACAGUUUGAUUUCACAGAAGUGUGAUUGACUUGGAGUUACAUUGUGUUGUUUAAGUGUUCCCUUUUACUUUUUUGAGCAGUGUAUAUGUUAUAUCGAUAACCGUCACUUAUCAAAUAAUUACCUCUUAUCAGUCUCAUUCUUAAUGUCGCAUAAUCCUUGAACCUGCAAGAACCCUAACCUUAUUGAUGAAUCAGCAAUACACAAAUUGGCUUAAUUAUUUGUUUACUAACGAACUAAACAAUAACACAAUACAAACACACACACACAGGUUAUUGAUUGCUAACGUAAUACAAUAAAAACAGGUCCCUAGUGGACUGGACUAACAAUAGCAUGAAUGCUUGGGUAGAAGGAGGGUCAGAGUGGAAGGGAGAGACAGAGAUUCAAACUAUCGUGGUUACUUUGGAGACUACGCUCACAGUAAUCAUAAUACUAAUGCACCCUAAUAACGCUAAUUCGGAUUAGAAAUGCAACAUGUAUUUACGUGUAGCUGUCCUCGAUAGUUGAGUUGAUGACGUAGGGCUCUGGUUUGCCCACCAGAGAUCCCAAUGUUCUUGGUAGAGUUUAUGGUUGUGGCAGUGGUUAGAAUGGAUACUUCAGAUGUACCCACGGUUGUCUGAGAGGGAUUGUCCUCUCCUCUUGUGUCUUUACUGAAAGUUCUCUAGACGACUAUACAUGCCAGCUGCAGACUGAAAUGAUAAGGUCUAGUGCAUUGUCUUCUUCUUCACCUCGUGUAGAGGUUGAGAGUUUCAGAGUUUAACUAACGCCUCACGUUUUCUGAUCUUUCUGGUCUAACCAUUUUGUAAUGUGUAGCUUCAGCUUCACACUUCUUUGUCUUGUAGAAAUUCAACCAUUUACAACGUUUAGCUCACGCUUCACGUCUGGUGGUCUGAGGUGAAUUUCGUCACAAGGCUUUUUAUGCACUCGGGGUAAAAGGGGCGUUCCAUCAUGUUUGUGCUCAUCUGGGCGUGGUCACUGACUGAGAACAAAUCAAUAUGGAAAACAAUAAUCUCAUCUAGAAUGCUAAAAUCACAUUGUUAUCUUCACAAACGUAUUAUUAUACUUAAUCAUUUGUUUUAUACAACAAUUAGAUGCAAACCUCAUAACUGGGAAGUGUAGCCCCCCAGAGAUACAGUUAUGUUGUUCCACAAUCUUUAAUGACAUCACAACAUAGUAACGAAUUUGACAUGAUUGUUCUUUAAGUCCCCACCAACCAUUUCCCACGUUCUUUUAAGUAGGAAUAUUGUUUCAUUAUCCACUUUUGGAUGUUGGAGUCUUGGCAGGAAGACUUCCUUUGUUAACAAAGGGGUCCUUUCUCCCAAUACUUCAUGGCAAGGAAGAGAAAGUCUGCACGGUAUUUACGACCGGUCAUAAAACUGGUCCCCAGGAAAUGGGGUGUUCAAACUUUUGCCAUGAGGGCAAGUCAUGACACCAGCAAAUCAUUAUUAUUUUUUUUUUUUUACAGAUCAAUACUUGGAGUCAAAGUAUCGAUAUAAUAUCGUCCAAAAUAAUAUUGAGAUAUGUAACUGUAACCAUCCCCCCCAUUACUAGUGAUUGUGCAUGUGGACUGAGGCUUGUUACCCAUGACUGAAUUAUGUUUUCCUCUGACUCAGGGCUGGAGAGAAAGCUAAAGGCUGGAGAGGAGAAGCUUGAUCAGUUCGCAAACGACAAGGCCAAGCUCCAAAGUGACAUCUCAGACAUGAUGAAGUCAUCAGGCGACAGUUCAGCACAGCUUACCAAAAUGAAUGAAGACCUCACUCAGAAAGAAAGGUACAUACACAAUUAAAUUAAAUGUCACGAACAAAGGUGUUCUCAAACAUAUGCAAAUCGAUUGGCUUACUUUCACUGUUUACAAUCAGGUUAACCACUAGUGCCAAUAUUUAAUGAGCGUAUGACAACGAUGCACAAAACCGUUCAACAUGCACUGAGUAUACAAAGCAUUAAGAGCACCUGCACUUUCCAUGACAGACUGACCAGGUGAAUCCAAGUGAAAGCUAUGAUCCCUUAUUGAUGUAACUUGUUAAAUCCACUUCAAUCAGUGUAGAUGAAGGGGAGGAGACAGGUUAAAGAAGGAUUUUUAUGCCUUGAGACAAUUGGUUGUAUGUGUUCCGUUCAGAGGGUGAAUGGGCAAGACAAAAGAUUGAAGUGCCUUUGAACGGGGUAUGGUAGUAGGUGUCAGGCACACUGGUUUGUGUCAAGAACUGCAAUGCUGCUGGAAUGUUCCACCACCCAAAGGACAACCAGCCAACUUGACACAACUGUGGUAAGCAUUGGAGUCAACAUGGGCCAGCAUCCCUAUGGAACACCUUGUAGAGUCCAUGCCCUGACGAAUUGAGGCUGUUCUGAGGGCAAAGGGGGGGGCAACUCAAUAUUAGGAAGGUGUUCUUAAUGUUUGGUAUACUCAGUGUAUAAUCACUUAUUUAUUGACUGAACUUGCCAUGAUCAUGUAGUUUUUAUGGGUUGUUAUUAUUAUCCUUAAAUAAUCUUAAAGCAGGGUUGACCUUUCCAUCGCCCUGGUUUUCAGUUUAUUAGUUUCAGUCAAAAAACAUUUGAAUCUGCCCCCUACAAUGAAUCCCUGGUUUGUUUGAAUACCACCUGUCUCACUUGGUCAGAGAGUCACCCCCUCCUCCCCCUUUCCUAGGAGGCUGGAAGAGCUACAGACUCAACUUGCAGAGGAGAAGGAGCGGACAGCACGUUCUGAGGAGCAACAACAGCAGGAAGUAGCCCGGAAGGAGCAGGAGCUGAAGGGGGCCAGAGACGAGCAUCAGGGUCAGCUAAGCAACCUGCAGGAGAAGAUCACACAACUGGUGAGUGAAAACCCAGAGAAAGCUUUGAGAUGUUGAUGGUCGGGAUAAAGUAGAUGAUUAGAUGUAAAGAGCAGAAGUUUGUUGUAAAACAGCAUACAUUUUUCUUCCCAGGAUUAUACUUUUUACUGUCUCUACCCUAAACACUGAAUACCUCACUUUACCACUGUCCCCCUUUCAAACAGCAAAUGAUUGAUGUCGUUAGUUACUGUUGCCCUCUUUAUGUUGUGUGUAGGAGAAGAGUUUGCACCAGGGUGAGGCCCAGGCCAAGGAGCUGCAGACCUCCCAGCAGAAAGCCCUGUCUGAGGCCUCAGAGCACCAUGCCAAGCAGCUCAAGGAGCUGCAGGGUCAGGCUGACAAGACCAAGCAGGAGCUGAGUGUCUCCAGGGAGAAGGCCCAGGAGCUGGAGAGGCUGGUGGCCGAGCUGCAGCCUUACAAGGAGAAAGCCCAGGUGAGCACCCACCAUAUCAUUAUCAGGACCACCAUGUUUUAAGCUCUCAGGAGGUGCUGUCUUUUGGUACAAAAAUCUACCCUAAUGACAAUUUUGACUGCUUUGUAGUUAUGUUGCUUUAGAUUGACUGACGUUUUUUCUGAGCACUUUUUUCAAGUAUAGUCCCAUCCACUUUCUAUGAGAGAUGUUGGUAGCACUUUAUUUUACGGUACAGAAAUGACUAGGUUAUUAUUGUGUCAUUUACCAUUUUACUAUGUAGUUUCAAAGUAAAUAAAAGUGCUACCUUAAGUGGUCUAUGCUCAGGUUUGAUGUGCACUUGAUAAUAAUUAGACCACCUCACUUCUAAUUAGGGCUGGGCGAUAUGGCCUAAAACUCAUAUCUCUAUUUUUUUCAAACUUAUGGGCGAUUCACGAUAUAUAAGCCUUGUUGUACAACUAAAGGUAAAAUACACUGCAUUUAAAACAGUCAGCAAUAAUCAAAUGAAUUCAGAGCUUGUGAAAUUAUACCUAGGCUGAAUAUAUGCCUUCCACAACCUUAAGACCCACUAAUAAUGUAAUUAUUUUAUCAAAAUAGUUGUACCUGCUUUUUUUGCAAUAAUCACUGAUCUGGCUUUCAGGUCUGUCAAUAAAAAUGCCCAUUUUGUAACAAAUUUAACCAGAACCAUGCAUAAUGCACAUUCACUAAUAAUAUAGCAGGCAUUAUAGAAAAUGAACACACUUCUCAUAAACAAUCUCUCAAGCACAAGCCCAUGUGCUAGUGAGUAGCCAGCUAAUAUUUAUAUUUCAAGUUUAGCCAGCUUGGAUCUAGGUAUAAUUUCACAAGUUCUGAAUUCAGAUACUAGUAACAAGGCAAAACAGUUGAAUUGUUAUGAACACAACCUUCUGUCCAUCUCCAACUGUUUGAACAGCAUGCUAGCCUGUCCAUUUUGUUCAGAUGUUGAAAUCAAGUGGCCUAACGUUACCUUAUUUAUCAGAAUGAGAACGAGUUUCCAAUUCCAUAUAUAAUUGUUUUAUGCUUAUUGCACAUGUAUAAAACACAGACUAGACCCCUAGUAUAACAAUCUUUAUUUGACUAAAAUGCUGCUAGCGUUAUGUGGUACCGUAAUGCGCGUGACAAAAUUAGCAUUAAUUUUCCAGAAUGAAUGUUCAUUGGUACAUCCGUUUUAGUAGUGUCUGCUCUGCUCGAAAUUUGAGGAGUUGAGACAGUGUAUGGUUCGAAAGGUUAACUUCUCCUCUAUUACAGUAAAAUAAUGUCUCCAUGUGCUUCGGUGUCCAUAUGACCAAUUAUGUUGGACCAAACCUCAAAUGCAAAUAGCGAGGGAGGGGCUUGGGAGAAAGAGACGAAGCGAGAGGUUUCACUCACUCGCAAAAAUAUGUCCAAAAUAAGCCCAAUGCGUUUCUAUGCGCUUAUUUUGAACCUUGUCGCCUGACUUCCCGCCUUUGGGACAACGACUCCCAUUGUUAGGGCAGAGACAUUAGCAUCUCGUCAUUAUAUACAGAUCUCUGGUGUAAAUGGGAAGGUGCACAGUACAGAAGGAGCGAACGAGACCAAAAAGACAACAUGAGAACAAGCGGACAUAAACGCUCAUAAAAACGAAAAAUACAAAAAAAACUUGAUUCUCUGAUACUUGCAUUAGGAAUAUCGCGCAAAAACAUAGAAUCGAAUUAAUGCAAUGUAUCGCCCAGCCAUACUUCUAUUGUCUGGGUAGUUAUCCUACUGUAAGAAGUUCCUGAAGUCCGUAUUGUGAAGGGUUCACAGACUGUUAUGCCAUAAUUGUUCUAUCACAGUGACCUCAUUCUUUGAUUUCACUAACACAAAUAGAUUUUUUUUAAACUCACUAAGCCUAUUCCUAAGGCUAUAAGAUUCAUGUUAGCAUUUUAUCUGCUCAUAAUAUUGUUUUUUUGUUCACUGUGUGUAUUCAAGUCCAUUGCACCAUGUAACAAUGAACAGCCAUUGAUGGUCAUCUUAUAUGCACCAUCUUCAUUUGUCUAUUGACAGUGUGGCUAUGUUGUGGUGUGGUUUUAGGGCCUACUUAAAAAGCAGGGGCACAUCUUAGAGAUAAAAACACUGAUACUGACAGUCUCGAUGAGUUACCGGUAUGUAAAGUGUACGGCUUCUGUCUAUGCUCACCAAUUAUUAGACAUUUAAAACAGGGUUAUAUACUUGUCCAAAUCUUCUCAAUGGAAAGUACACAUUUACGCAGACACACUCUCCUCCUCACCUAAUACACUGCACACCAAUUGAAAACCUGAAGCUAUCAUUAGAGCACACUUACAAGACAAACACACACAUAGGCAUGCAUAAGCACUCCAUUGGCGUGCCCCUGUUUUCAAUAUAUUCUGUUUUCAUGGUAUUGUCAGCUACGUUUUUUUUUUCUCCCAACUGUUUUUUAUGCUUACACCAGCCUAACCUUUCCAGUUGCAUUUUAUUACUUCUUGACUUAUUUUGUUACUUUUCCCUUUAUAUGCCCCUUUUUUCUUUCAACUUCAUUCCCUCAGUUUCUUUCUGCUGAGCUCGACUCCUCCAUGCAGCAUGUUGAGCGAUUGUCCACAGACCUGGAGAAGCAAAUCUCAGCACUGGAACACAUGUCUAAGGAAAGUUCAGAUCUCAGAGCUCAUAAGGAAAAUCUCGAGAAGCAACUCUUCGAACUCCAGGCCAAGCUCUCUGCCCUGGAGGCUAGUCACCAUGAGCUCUCAGUUAAGACUGAAGAACUGCUGACACUGAGGGACAAGCUCACAAAAGAGCAGGAAGAACUUUUGACCACAAAUCGGCAGCUGGAUGGAGAGAAGGCCUCACUAUCCAGAGAGAUUGAGAAGCUCAGAGUUUGUGUUGAGGAGGCACAGGCCAAAAACAAAUCCCUCAGUCAAUCUGAAGUGGAGCAUCAGUCCCAAAUUGAGGAGCUACAAAAGACAAAUGCAGAGAAGCAUGAGGUCCUCUUGAAGUACCAACAGGAGAUCCAGCAGCUGGAAACUAAGAGGAAUCAGCUAGCAGAAAUCUAUAAGAAGACCUGUGAGGAGAGGAAUGGGCUCCAGGAGGAGCUCAAGCAAAGCAAGGAGAAGCUGAUCUCUGAGAAGGAUAGCCUUGUGUUGGAGAGAGAUGCAGCAAGAAAUGCUAAGAAAUCCCUUGAUGCAAAGAAUACAGAGUUGCAGACAAGGUGUCAGUCUUUGAGCUUGGAAAAAGAAGACCUCUGUGUGAAAAACACUCAGUUGCAGGCCCAGAAAGAGACCUUGGGCAAAGAUAAAGUGGAGAUGUCUGCUCAAAUUAAUGCUGCUAUUUCUGACAAAAAGGUCCUCCAAGCCAUGAAUACAGCGCUUCAGAAUCAGCUGAAUAUCACCAAGAAGGAUCUUGAGAAGUCUGUCCACGAAAACGGCGAGCUCCAGGCUUCCAAAAUGAGCCUAGCCAAGAUGCUGGAUGAGUCCAAGACCAGCAGUGAGGUUACAGAUUCUGAGAGGCUUCACCUCAUGCAAGAGAAAGAGGACCUGCUUGCUACCCAGCGAAAGGUGUGUUCUGAGAAGGAUGAACUUCUUAAUGAGAUAGAAGAGUUGAAGGAGAAGCUCAAACUUUCUACACAGGAAGCGGCUACCUCUAAGGAGAAAGUCAAAGAGGUGUUGUCAUCUUUUGCCAAGGAGAAGGAAGCUCUUUGUCUCCAGAAUGAAGAGACAGAGAAGGCGCUACACUCUGUACGGAAAGAGAAGCUGGCCAUGGAAUCAACACUGGAACAGCAUAAGAUGGAGAGUGACUGUUUGGUACAUGAAAAGGAAGAGCUUGAAGAAAAGCACACAAAGGAGGUCUCUGAAAAGGCUACUCUAACAAAAGAGCGCGACAAGCUAGCAGGUGAGAUCCGCAGUAUGAAAGACCAGCUGGACAGCUCCUCCAAGGCCAAUGAUGACCUGAAGCAAGCCAAUUCCAACCUUACAUCCUUGCUAGAGGAAUCCAAACAUAAGAUACAAAAGGUGGAGGUUGAGGAAGCUUCCUUGAAAAAAGAAAAGGCUGAUCUACAGGCACAGCUGCAGAAGCGUUGCUCUGAGAGGGAGGCCCUUGAAAAAAGCAAAACUGAACUUGCAGAGGAGCAUCAUAAACUAAAAGGCAACUCUGAGCAGGUGCAUUUGGAACUCAUCCAGCAGAGGGAUACCCUAAGAAAAGAGCGGGAUCUCCUGCACUCCCAGCAGGCAGAGCUUAACAAGAGCAUACAGAUCCUGCAGAAGGACAAAGAUGAUCUUUUUCUGCAGGUUCAUGAGUUCAAGGGUCAGACGGAAUCACUUUCAAAGGCAAAAAUGCUUCUUGAAUCGCAGCAGCAGACUGAAGCCACUGAACGAAGUAAACUGUCCUCUACAAAGGAUGACCUCUCCAGAGAGAGAGAAGACUUACAGAGUCAGUUGUCCACUCUGAUACAGAAUAAGACCUCCCUCCUGCAGUCUGAAUCCAGCCUGAAGGCAGAGAUUGCCUCCAUUUGUGUUGAAAGAGACACAAUGGCCUCUGAGCGAAAUAGUUUGUGUUGUGAUUUAGAGCAACUUAAGAUGACUCACACUGGAUUGUUAGGUGAGCGACAUGGUCUGCUUGAGGAGAAUGCCCAGAUUCAAGCUAAAGUGCAGGACCUCACUCAGAAAUCUGUGACUAGAGACAAGGCCAUUGAUGAAUUGUCUGCCAGACUUAAGGAUAUUGCAGAGGAGAGAAAAGCCUUGGCUAGGGAGGUUGAAAACUUGAAGGCCCAGCUGAAGCAGAGAGACCAGGAAAAGGAUGGCCUGGUUGAAGACAAAGAGUGCCUGUUUUCCAAGCUUGAGGAGCUUGGCAAAGAGGUCUCCUCCCUGGCUAAGGAGAAGGUAGACCUCUUAGCUAUACAGUCCAGGCUGGAGAAAAACCUUUCCUCCCUCCACAGCAGCCAAAAGAGUGGUGAUGGGGAACGCUCAAGGCUCCUGGGGGACGUAGAGAAGCUGCGAGCUGCCCAGAUACAGCUCGAGGCAGAUGCUGAGGCCCUACGUGCUGAGAAGGCAGGGAUAGAGGGACAGCACAAAGUCUCUGUGGAGGAGGCAUCUGCGUCUGCCAAGGCCCGGGAAGAAAUUGGCACCAACCUGAAAGACCUGAAGGUCGAGAAGGAUGCCUUGCUCAAGGAGAGGGACAAAGCCACCCAGCAAGUCACCCAGCUUGAAGCUCAACUGAAAAACGUUAUUUCCAAGCAGCUUGAGGUACUCCACUACUAACAAACCCUGUAUAUAACCCUCACAUUGAGAUGGCUGUGGUCAUGUUUCACCCUCACUGCAUGCUAGUUUGGUCACCUUUUCUAUUUAUCUCACUUUUUGUUUCAUCUCCUUUACUAACUGCUCUAUCUUUAUUAUAGUCCCCUGCGAAAAGUUUAUAUAUGAAAUAUAUUCCUGUAGGUUUAGAACGUGGUUUGAGAAGUUAGGGUCUGUUCCUUGGUUGGGGCAGAUGGUUACAUCUCAUCUCCCUUAGAAUUUGGUUUUAAGAGUCAUGCCCACAACCAUGGUCUCUUUUCUUUAAUUGAGAUUUCAAACAAUAUGUUAGGGCCAAAGUACAUUACUGCAAGUAUCCGUUCUCAGGCCACAGGAUAUAAUUAGUUCAUUUUUCUCUCUUCUCAACAUUUUUCAUUUGAGCCUUUAGGUCCUUCACCAACAUUGUAGUCAAAGCUAGUUGCCUGUUACAUUACUGUAGUAGUAGAUGUGGGCAUUGCAAUGAUUCCUGAGGAUUAAAUCAAUUGCAUAGUAAUUGUGGAAACACAAUCAUCGUAACCCACUAGAGCUUCAAAAUCAAGUUUGGAAUGAUUUGGAUGACUGACAUGCAAUGCAUGCAAAUUUAAUUCUGCACGAUAUGAGAAAAUGUAAAUAGUGAUCCCUCUGAGUUGAUUUGGGCUGUGUAAAAUAAGUCUCUAUCAAAUCAGGACAAAGGGGUUUGCUGUUCACCUCAACCAACCCCAAUCCAAGUAAAUUGCAGGUAUUUCAUCAUAAUCUGGUUGACAUGCCCCCCUCUCCCUCACUACUUAGGCAGCAGAGUCCUCAGGGAAGACUGCUGAGGCCGUGGAGCGGCUGACACAAGAGAAGGGCCGUCUGCAGCAGGAGAAGAGUGAGGCCCAGUCUCAGCUGGAGGAGUUCAGGAGUGACAAGCAGGAGAUGACCAGUCUGGUGAGUCAGGGAUAUGGAGAAUGCAAUGCCUCAGAUGGGGUGUAAUAUAUUGGUUGAGCAGCGUGUAUUUUCAGUAAGGUAUGGAGAAUGUUGAAAUUUUGUGGGUGUGGAAUGAUGUCUUUGUCACUGUCAUAAAGGGUCCUCACUAAGGACUCUGGAAGGGGCUCCUUAGGGUAAACAUUGAAUCAAAUAAACAAAAUGAACUGAAUGAUCCUCUUUGAACAACUGAACCAAUUUGAAAGUUCAGGAAAAAGAUUUUCACAGAAAUAUCUGGGUGUUGUGUGUUAUCUUACCAGAAGUUGGGUGUGUGGAGUGUCAUGGUUGCAAACCACUUUCAUAAAUUAGUCUUCACAACAUAAUACAGUGUUACACGUAAACAGAAAUUCAGCCACAGAUGCUGACAUGCUCACACUUACCAAGAUCACAUUCCUGUGUGGGUCUGACACGGAGGGAAAGAAAGUAGCCAAACCGACUCGCGCAAGUUAGACAAACUUGUUGCUGCGAUAGGUUAUCUAUCAUCUCAUCUGGUAGUGUCCGUCUUGACAGCAUAAAAUCGAUGUAAAGAAGCUAGCUACGCUAGUCAGCUAAGUUAGCUAGCUAUCUAGCAAGGCUAAUUGAGGCUAUUUUGCUGCUCCCCCAUCCUUGUCUACAACAACUCCAUUCAUAUUAAACAACAGCCUACCUGUUGGUUGAUCGUUGUAGCCUACUCCUUUUCAUUUAACCAACUUAAUACUGUAAUAUAUUCCAUUAUAAUUCCAUUUUGCAUUAAUUAGAAAUCUCCCACUUCACUUGCUACAUGUGAGCCUUUGACUGUAGUGCUGCUUUGAUUGACCGACAAUAACAAGCUUCAUUGUAUUAUAUACAUUAUAAGUUAUUUAUGUUUUGUGUGUGUUACUGCUCAGCUGGAUGCAUUGAAGCAACAGAAUUCCAAAUACCAAGAGGAGCUCAACCUGUUUAAGGAGCAACUCUGCUCAGAGAAGCAGAAAAUCUGCAGCCUGUGCCAGGAGAUGUGAGUAUAGUGUGUGUAUGUGUGUGUCUAUGUAUGUGUGCCUGCGUAUGUGUGAAGCCCAUCACAACAGGCCAGAUUAUUCUCUUCUCAGCCCUACCUUCCACUCGGGGGGGGGGGGGGGGGUAGCUUUACUUAGAAGAAAUGCAAACUUGCUUUCUUUACUCCAUGCUUGUAAUCCUCCUUGCUCUCAAAUUUUUUAUUUUGGGUGAAAAUAUAUUACACACACACACACACUGGGUGUUAGUUAUAGCUCAUUGCUCUCAAGUCUUCAAACUUUCAAUAUUCAGACUUUUAAGAGUCAGACAUUGUCUUCAUACCCAACCUCAAGGUCUAAAUAUCAUAUCAGUAAAAAAAAUGUUUACUGAACUAUGGCACAGUGCAAUGCUCAUGAAAAUGUGUCAGUUCAUCACUGUUCACUACUAUGUACAUAUCUUAUGGUGUGAUUAAUUUGGUUAACAACUUUAUUAAAACACCUUGUAGUGUGGCUGCUGACUUACGCAGUAAAGUAUUAUAUUUAAUGGUAACAUUUUAGGUGUCAAUGUUAAUGCCUAAAAUUAAUUCUCUACUUAAACCAUUGGCCAUGAAUAAUGAUGCGACACUAAAGUUAAAAUUGUUUUGCUGUUUAAAUUGUUGAGCAAGCAUUAGUGCCUGUGUCCUGCCAGGUGCUAGGUAGACAGUGAGGUGAAUGAUAUCUGACAUGCAAAUCCUAGCAGCUAACAGUUGUAGAAAGUUAUGUGUUUAUAAUAUUGUCUGUGUGUGUUUAGUGAGGAGCUGAAGCAAGUUGCCUCUGUGAAGUCCCAGUCCCUGGUGGCCUUACAGGAGGAGAACAACAAGCUGACUAAGGAGCUUGGCAGGAGCAAGAAGGAGACCGGUGGCCAGCAGAAGGUACCACCACUGGACUGCUUUGUUCCCUCCUCCCUCAAACUGUCUCAACCAUUUUAAGAAUGUAACACAGCCUACAUUGAAUCACUACACCUGUCCAACCAAGCAAUUUAAUCCCAUAAUGUUUCUUUUUUUUAAAGCUGGAAACUCAGCAGUCCAAGCUCAAUAAACAGUUGCAAGAUAUGAAGCAGAGGUGAGAAACUGUGUAGAAACAUGGUGUGUAUAGCUAGCAGUGUCUCUAUAGUGCUGUUUCAUUUCCAUCCAAAAAUUAUCGUGGCAUUGGAGACUCCCAACAGUUCUGCAAUUAAGCAUGGAUGCUUGCAUCAAUUUGCCCUUCAUCAACAUGGCAUGUCACGCUUGUGCUCUGUCCUACAUGCUCUGUUUGCUAACAUCCUCUUCUUUUGCCUUUCAAAGCUUGCCCAAUAACACCUUCAGGUACUUCCAUGCCUUUUUAAUUGUUACAUAACGUGUCAUACUGUUACCUUAGGAAGGUAAGAGGAACUCAAUGCUCUUCAAUGAGUAAUCCCUCUAAUUCACUUGCUUUUCAUCUCAUAUUUAUUUCUCAUUUUUUCAAGCUACUUUAUGCUGUAGACUCGAAGUUCACAUGCUGUAGAUUAUAAAUGGUAAUGUUGACUGCCUUCAACUAAAUGUUCUCACCCCACCAGUUUUUUCCCAAUGGAUAACACAUGCUUGAUUACACCAUUGGAUAACACAUGCUUGAUUACACCAUUGGAUAACACAUGCUUGAUUACACCAUUGGAUAACACAUGCUUGAUUACACCAUUGACAUUGGAUCUCUGUUUGUUUUCAAACAGAUCCAUCACGUCUGUCCAAUACCAUGCCUGUUUUAUCCACAGGAGGCAUAAUAAUGGCCGGAACGGAGCAAACGGAGCUCACCGUCGCUUUUCUUUCUUUUGUGUUCUCUGUCUUGAUGUUAUGCCUUUGUUGCCCUUUCAGCAGACUUCAUCUUUUCAUUCCAUGCUUCUGAAUUAGAUUCACAAGCACACUUCUAUGUAUAUACAGGUAACUGCCAAAAUAAAGGAAACACCAACAUAAAGUGUCUUUAAUAGGGCAUUGGGCCACCACGAGCCAGAACAGCUUCAAUGCACCUUCACAUAGAUUCUCCAAGUGCCUGGAACUCUAUCGAAGGAAUGCAACACCAUUCUUCCACGAGAAAUUAUAUAAUUUGGUGUUUUGUUGAUGGUGGUGGAAAACGCUGUCUCAGGCGCCGCUCCACAAUCUCCCAUAAGUGUUGGGUUGAUAUCUGGGCCCAGUUUUAUCUAUCUGGAUUUCGCCUAUCGGAUAGGAUUAAAUGCAUAGAAAUAAAAUGAAUAGAACGGACAAAUCAUUGACUUGAAUGGGGACUUAUUUUCUAUUCAUUCUAUUUCUAUGCAUUUAAUGAAAAACUGGGCCCUGGUGACUGAAACGACCAUGGCAUAUAGUUUUCAUGCUCAUCAAACCAUUCAGUGACCACUCGUGUCCUGUGGAUGGGGGCAUUGUCAUCCUAUGGGGUAAUAGCCAUGGUAGCCAAAAUAACGGCCUGCCAAGCAUUUUUAUACAUGACCCUAAGCAUGAUGUUAGGUUAAUUGCUUAAUUAACUCAGGAACCACACCUGUGUGGAAGCAUCUGCUUUCAAUAUACAUUGUAUCCCUCAUUUACUCAAGUGUUUACAUUAAUUUGACAGUUACCUGUGUGUGUACAGUACCAGUCAAAAGUUUGGACACACCUACUCAUUCCAGGGUUUUUCUUUAUUUUUAAAAUGUUCUACAUUGUAGAAUAAUAGUGAAGACAUCAAAACUAUGAAAUAACACAUGGAAUCAUGUAGUAACCAAAAAAGUGUUAAACAAAUCAAAAUAUAUUUUAUAUUUGAGAUUCUUCAAAUAGCCACCCUUUGCCUUGAUGACAGCUUUGCACACUCUCGACCUUCUCUCGACCUUCUAGGCAGAGUUGCAGAGUUGCAAAGAAAAAGCCAUAUCUCAGACUGCCCAUCUUAAUCUUUUAUUUUUAUUGGCCAGUCUGAGAUAUGGCUUUUUCUUUGCAACUCUGCCUAGAAGGUCAGCAUCUCGGAGUCGCCUCUUCACUGUUGACGUUGAGACUGGUGUUCCAUAAAAAAAAUCAGCCGUUUCCAGCUACAAUAGCCAUUUACAACAUUAACAAUGUCACACUGUAUUUCUGAUCAAUUUGAUGUUAUUUUAAUUGACCCCAAAAAAAUAUUUCGAAAACAAGGACAUUUCUAAGUGUAUAUACAGUGGGGGAAAAAAGUAUUUAGUCAGCCACCAAUUGUGCAAGUUCUCCCACUUAAAAAGAUGAGAGAGGCCUGUAAUUAUCAUCAUAGGUACACGUCAACUAUGACAGACAAAAUGAGAAAAAAAAAUCCAGAAAAUCACAUUGUAGGAUUUUUUAUGAAUUUAUUUGCAAAUUAUGGUGGAAAAUAAGUAUUUGGUCAAUAACAAAAGUUUCUCAAUACUUUGUUAUAUACCCUUUGUUGGCAAUGACACAGGUCAAACGUUUUCUGUAAGUCUUCACAAGGUUUUCACACACUGUUGCUGGUAUUUUGGCCCAUUCCUCCAUGCAGAUCUCCUCUAGAGCAGUGAUGUUUUGGGGCUGUUGCUGGGCAACACAGACUUUCAACUCCCUCCAAAGAUUUUCUAUGGGGUUGAGAUCUGGAGACUGGCUAGGCCACUCCAGGACCUUGAAAUGCUUCUUACGAAGCCACUCCUUCGUUGCCCGGGCGGUGUGUUUGGGAUCAUUGUCAUGCUGAAAGACCCAGCCAUGUUUCAUCUUCAAAGCCCUUGCUGAUGGAAGGAGGUUUUCACUCAAAAUCUCACGAUACAUGGCCCCAUUCAUUCUUUCCUUUACACGGAUCAGUCGUCCUGGUGCCUUUGCAGAAAAAUAGCCCCAAAGCAUGAUGUUUCCACCCCCAUGCUUCACAGUAGGUAUGGUGUUCUUUGGAUGCAACUCAGCAUUCUUUGUCCUCCUAACACAACGAGUUGAGUUUUUACCAAAAAGUUCUAUUUGAAGUUUCAUCUGACCAUAUGACAUUCUCCCAAUCCUCUUCUGGAUCAUCCAAAUGCACUCUAGCAAACUUCAGACGGGCCUGGACAUGUACUGGCUUAAGCAGGGGGACACGUCUAGCACUGCAGGAUUUGAGUCCCUGGCGGCGUAGUGUGUUACUGAUGGUAGGCUUUGUUACUUUGGUCCCAGCUCUCUGCAGGUCAUUCACUAGGUCCCCCCGUGUGGUUCUGGGAUUUUUGCUCACCGUUCUUGUGAUCAUUUUGACCCCACGGGGUGAGAUCUUGCGUGGGGCCCCAGAUCGAGGGAGAUUAUCAGUGGUCUUGUAUGUCUUCCAUUUCCUAAUAAUUGCUCCCACAGUUGAUUUCUUCAAACCAAGCUGCUUACCUAUUGCAGAUUCAGUCUUCCCAGCCUGGUGCAGGUCUACAAUUUUGUUUUUGGUGUCCUUUGACUGCUCUUUGGUCUUGGCCAUAGUGGAGUUUGGAGUGUGACUGUUUGAGGUUGUGGACAGGUGUCUUUUAUACUGACAACAAGUUCAAACAGGUGCCAUUAAUACAGGUAACGAGUGGAGGACAGAGGAGCCUCUUAAAGAAGAAGUUACAGGUCGGUGAGAGCCAGAAAUCUUGCUUGUUUGUAGGUGACCAAAUACUUAUUUUCCACCAUAAUUUGCAAAUAAAUUCAUAAAAAAUCCUACAAUGUGAUUUUCUGGAGAAAAAAAAUCUCAAUUUGUCUGUCAUAGUUGACGUGUACCUAUGAUGAAAAUUACAGGCCUCUCUCAUCUUUUUAAGUGGGAGAACUUGCACAAUUGGUGGCUGACUAAAUACUUUUUUCCCCACUGUAUAUACACACAGUGUGUGUGUGUGUGUGUGCAUGUAUAUACAGCUGUGGAAAAAAUUAAGAGACCACUGCAAAAUUAUCAGUUUCUCUGGUUUUACUAUUUAUAUGAAUGUGUUUGGGUAAAAAUAACAUUUUUGUUUUAUUCUAUAAACUACUGACAACAUUUCUCCCAAAUUCCAAAUAGAAAUAUAGUCAUUUAGAGCAUUUAUUUGCAGAAAAUGACAACUGGUCAAAAUAACAAUGCAAAGAAAAUAAGUUCAUGUUCAUUUUUAAACAACACAAUACUAAUGUUUUAACUUAGGAAGAGUUCAGAAAUCAAUAUUUGGUGGAAUAACACAGAUUUUCAAUCACAGCUUUCAUGCGUCUUGGCAUGCUCUCCACCAGUCUUUCACAUUGAUGUUGGUGACUUUAUGCCACUCCUGGCGCAAAAAUUCAAGCAGCUCGGCUUUGUUUGAUGGCUUGUGACCAUCCAUCUUCCUCUUGAUCAUAUUCUAGAAGUUUUCAAUGGGGUUCAGGUCUGUAGAUUGGGCUGGCCAUGACAGGGUCUUGAUCUGGUGGUCCUCCAUCCACACAUUGAUUGACCUGGCUGUGUGGCAUGGCACAUUGUCCUGCUGGAAAACCAAUCCUCAGAGUUGGGGAACAAUGUCAGAGCAAAAGGAAGCAAGUUUUCUUCCAGGACAACCUUGUACGUGGCUUGAUUCACGCGUCCUUCACAAAGACAAAUCUGCCCGAUUCCAGCCUGGCUGAAGCACCCCCAGAUCAUCACCGAUCUUCCACCAAAUUUCACAGUGGGUGCGAGACACUGUGGCUUGUAGGCCUCUCCAGGUCUCCGUCUAACCAUUAGACGACCAGGUGUUGGGCAAAGCUGAAAAUUGGACUCAUCAGGGAAGAUGUCCUUACUCCAGUCCUCUACAGUCCAAUCCUUAUGGUCUUUUGCAAACCUCAGCCUGGCUCUUCUUUGCUUCUCAUUGAUGAAGGGCUUUUUUCUAGCUUUGCACGACUUCAGCCCUGCCCCUAGGAGCCUGUUUCGAACCGUCCUCGCCGUGCACUUCACCCCAGCUGCCGUUUGCCAUUAUUUUGUAGGUCACUUGAUGUCUUCCUACGGUUGUUGAGUGACAUUCUAAUGAGUUGGCGGUCAUCCCGGUCAGUAGAGUCGUUUUCGCCCUCUGCCGGUCUGUAGCUUUGUUGUCCCCAAUGUCUGGUGCUUGACCUUGUUCUUAUGGACUGCCGUCUUUGAAAUUUUAAGGAUGGAAGCAACCUGACACUCACUGUAUCCCUCUGCCAGUAAAGCCAGAAUUGAACUCUUCUUUUCCUCACUCAAAACUUUCCUUUUCAACUCUUUUGGCAUGGUCAAUAGUUAUUUUUUGAUUAAUAUUACCUUUGAGGUACUAUUGGCAAUGUUUUUACCAUCCAGCUGAUCCUAUUGCAAGAGGAUAGUGAUGACCACAGCAGUGGUUUUUAUACUUUUCCUCGUUAAAUAAGAUUUGGUUCAUGUGAUCACCUAAUCAGUACCUAAUUCAGUAGAAUGAGGUGUGCCUGUGUUGGAAUUCAACAGAUACUGGAAUGGAAUGGCUGUCAUACAUGUAGAGAUGCUGAUUUAAGAAAAAUUUGCAGUGGUCUCUUAAUUUUUUUCACAGCUGUGUAUAUAUAUACUGUAUAUACGCAUGCAUACAUGCAUAAAUACAUACAUGACCAAAAGUAUGUGGAUACCUGCUCGUCGAACAUCUCAUUCCAAAAUCAUGGGCAUUAAUAUGGAGUUGGUCCCCCCUUUGCUGCUAUAACAGCCUCCACUCUUCUGGGAAGGCUUUCCACUAGAUGUUGGAACAUUGCUGCGGGGACUUGCUUCCAUUCAGCCACAAGAUCAUUAGUGAGGUCGGGCACUGAUGUUGGGCGAUUAGGCCUAACUCGCAGUCGGCGUUCCAAUUCAUCCCAAAGGUGUUCGAUGGGGUUGAGGUCAGGGCUCUGUGCAGGCCAGUUAAGUUCUUCCACACCGAUCUCGACAAAACAUUUCUGUAUGGACCUCACUUUGUGCACAGGGGCAUUGUCAUGCUGAAAAAGGAAAGGGCCGUCCCCAAACUGUUGCUACAAAGUUGGAAGCACAGAAUCAUCUAGAAUGUCAUUGUAUGCUGCAGCGUUAAGAUUUCCCUUCACUAGAACUAAGGAGCCUAGCCCGAACCAUGAAAAACAGCCCUAGACCGUUAUUCCUCCUCCACCAAACUUGACAGUUGGCACUAUGCAUUGGGGCAGGUAGCGUUCUCCUGGCAUCCGCCAAACCCAGAUUCGUCUGUCGGACUGCCAGAUGGUGAAGCGUGAUUCAUCACUCCAGAGAACGCGUUUCCACUGCUCUAGAGUCCAAUGGCGGCGAGCUUUACACCACUCCAGCCGGCGUUUGGCAUUGCACAUGGUGAACUUAGCCUUGUGUGCUGCUGCUCGGCCAUGGAAACCCAUUUCAUGAAGCUCCCGAUUAACAGUUCUUGUGCUGACGUUGCUUCCAGAGGCAGUUUGCAACUCAGUAGUGAGUGUUGCAACCAAGGACAGAAGAUUUUUACGCGCUUCAGCACUCGGUUGUCCCGUUCUGUGAGCUUGUGUGGCAUACCACUUCGCGGCCGAGCUGUUGUUGCUCCUAGAUGUUUCCACUUCACAAUAACAGUACUUACAGUUGACCGGGGCAACUCUUGCAAGACAGAAAUUUGAUGAACUGACUUGUUGGAAAGGUGGCAUCCUAUGACGGUGCCAUGUUGAAAGUCACUGAGCUCUUCAGUAAGGCCAUUCUACUGCCAAUGUUUGUCUUUGGAGAUUGUGCUUGAUUUUAUUAACCUGUCAGCAACGGCUGUGGCUGAAAUAGCAGAAUACACUAAUUUGAAGGGGUGUACACAUACUUUUGUGUAUAUAUAGUGUAUCUACACUGAGUGUACAAAACAUUAGGACCACCUUCUUAAUAUUGAGUUGCACCCCCUUUUGCCCUCAGAACAGCCUAAAUUUGUCGGGGCAUGCUCUACAAGGUGUCGAAAGCGUUCCACAGGGAUGCUGGCCCAUGUUGACUCCAAAGCUUCCCACAGUUGUCAAGUUGGCUGGAUGUCCUUUGGGGGGUGGACCAUUCUUGAUACACACUGGAAACUGUUGUGUGAAAAACCCAGCAGCGUUGCAGUUCUUGAUACACUCAAACCAGUGUGGCUGGCACCUACUACCAUACCCCGUUCAAAGGGACUUAAAUCUUUUGUCUUGCCAAUUCACCCUCUAAAAAUGGGGAAAUUAUAUUUUAUACUUAUGUAAUUGCUCAGAGAAAGUGAUUCGGUUUAACAAGUAAUACAAAACAUUUCUCAAAGGUAGGGGUCAAAAUUAUUGACACCUAAAGAUUCUUAUAAAUAAAGUAGUCAAAAGUUUAAUAUUUGGUCCCAUAUUCCUAGCAUGCAAUGAGUACAUCAAGCUUGUGACUCUACAAACUUGUUGGAUGCAUUUGCAGUUUGUUUUGGUUGUGUUUCAGAUUAUUUUGUGCACAAUAGAAAUGAAUGGCAAAUAAUAUAUGGUGGCAUUUUGGAGUCACUUUUAUUGUAAAUAAAAAUAGAAUAUGUUUCUAAACAAGUCUACAUUUAAUGUGGAUGUUACCAUAAUUAUGGAUAAUCCUGAAUGAAUCGUGAAUAAUGAUGAGUGGGAGUUUCAGAGGGUCAAAGAUCAUACCCCCAAGACAUGCUAAUCUCCCCUGUUAUUGGUAAUGGUGAGAGGUUUAUCAAGGGUGUCAACAAUUUCAGACCACACUGUAUAUACUGUAUAAAGAUCGAUCUUUACCAAACUUAAGCAACCGGCAACAGUUCAUUGCAGGUAAAAGUCACAUUAUGUUGGCUGCUGGUGGUACUUCAAUAUACAUUAGAUUUAACACAGAUUAUGCAUGGUCAAUGCUCCACUAGUCCUUGUUGAAGUGGUUAAACUCUGUUAAUCAUAAUUGUGUGUUGUCCUUGACAGAGAGACCACCUUGAAGAAACAGUUAGAUGAAGAGAAAGCCUCCCUCCAGAAGUCCAUCCAUAAAAGCAGUGUCUUGAUCUCCGAGAAGGAUCAGGAGCUGGAGACCCUAAAGAGGGAGGUAAGAAUUGGCGCUCUUCCCUAUUUCUAGACAUUUUAAUUCCCUAGCCUCAUGGGAGACUUCCUGGCACUAUUUCUAAGCCAAAAAGCAUUGGAGUAGUCUUAUUAGAUCUGGAGUUUUAAUGAGUUCUCUUUUCAGGAUAAUGUUUUUUCAGCAUUUGUAUACUAUAUUCAUUGUAUAAUGUAUAUGACAUAAUGUUUGUCUUUUUCCCUCUGAGCAGUUUUCAGUGCUGCGUGGGGAGAGCGCCACAGCGAAGACACUGAAGUCUACUGUCCAGUCUCUGGAGAAGGACAAGUCGCGGCUGCAGGAGCGCGUUCAGAGCCUGGAGAAGAGCCUUGCAGGAGGACAGGACACUGUUACCAGCGCCUCUGGUAUGACUGGGCAGUCAAAGCUUAACUCUACAGAUUGAGCUCCACUGUCACUGAAUGCUUAAUAUGCAUGUUUUCCCUUCAGGUGAUGAAGCUCUGAACCAACUAAGGGAGGACAAGGAGUCUUCAGAGAGCCAGGUAUGCAUGACUUAUUAUGGCCCAAUUUAGCAAAAAUGGGUGCAUAAAACACAACUUGGGUAUGCCAUUCAGUGUUUUUUUUACCGAUAUGUAUGUUUUUGGACGAUUCGUGCAUUCACUUAAUAUAUGUUUCCAUACUAUUGCCAUAUGACAAGCAGUGGAUGUUUUGCAUACUAUGAUCAUGUCAACUUUCAUAUUGGCAGUGUUAUGGAAAUUACCUCUAAAUUAAUUCAAUUUUUAUCAUGAAAUGGCAACGAGGUCUCUGCUAAAACUCUGCUGAAACUGAUGUCCAUGUCUGCCAAGUCCAUGGUUGGCAGUGUAGACUUCAUUUAAAUUAACUGUAGAACCUCUGACAAUUGAUUUGUUAUGUGAAAUCAAACCUUAUUUUGGGGCCUCACAAACCUCUAAAUCGCUUAACACAAAAACGAUCAUGUGCACUAAAGUCUGGUACUCUAAUGUGUGGAUUGGCCACUGGGAGUAAACGGAUACCGGACUGCACUCUGGUCAAAGAGUGAUGACAGACACAGAAACCCAGUCUAGGAGUUUAAUGAUGAAACAGAGUAUACAUGUGGUAUUUGGUAAAAAAUGCACAAAUAUCCCUGCAAAUGAAAACAGUCUGAUCUCCACAAAAGCCAACCGGACUGAGAAAUAAGUUACGUUUUUAUACUAACAAUUGGUUGCCAUGGUGAAUAAUCCAAUGAUAAUUGAUAGGACACAUGAAAGGAAACAGCAGAAAGUUUACUGGAGUCUCUAAAUGAAAAUACUGGCAGAUCAAUUUAAAAAAAAAUCUAAUCUAACAGGCUUUUAUACAUAGAUCAGCAUCACUUUACUUACUGUUCCAGGCUUUUUCAGUGAUGUAGUCUAGCUGUACUGCUUGCCUACUAUUUUCUCUGUCAGUGAUGACUUGAGUCUGUUGUCUGGCAUUAGGUGGGUCCUAAUUUUCAUCUGUUUUGUCUCCUCCCUCUCCUCUUCCUCAUUUACCACCACCUCCUCUGUCACUGAUGUUGGCAAUGCUAUCCGAAAAUCAGGCAGCGGUUUGUUACUGUUUUUCUUCAGCUCCACUCAUGCAUGUCUAUUUGUCUGUAGAUUUCCCCACGGUUCUCGUUCUGUCUGUGCUGUUCUGUGUUCUGAAAAAAAAUUCCUGAAAGUUCCUGUUGGUUUACAUUUCUGGUCGUCUCCUAAGGAGGAAUCAGGCCUUUUCUCUCACCUAAUUUACCAUAAGGAUGUAUUUACAAUUAGCUUUUAGGGGAUAACAUUUUUUUUUACACCAUAUCCUAUUCAUAAAGGAAAUGUACUUGAGUUAUGAUUUCCAGCAAAUUAGCAUGCCUGGAUGCCACAAUUUCUCAUUGGUGGACGAUCCAGAGUUGUACUGUUCAGUGUUGCCCUCUUUACUCUUGCUCAAGCCAGGAUGUGGGGUUUGUUUUCAUAACUUAGGAACUGGACAAACACGUUGGUGAAGGUUAUGGUUCACUGUUGUUCUUGUAGCAGGGUGGGUUGGGGAAAGGGGUGAAUUUAUGAAUGGCUUGUGUGAUAUUAGCACUCAAUGAGAUGUGGAUGCUGUUGGAUGACCUGUUGUUUAUGUGUUCCAUUUGCCAAAGUUCUAAGUUGGCAACAUUUAUGUUUAACUGAAGUUUGUGCCGCAUGAGCAUAAAGAACUGUCACUGUCCGUGAUAUCCCUUCUUGUCUGGGGCAGAUUGAGUUCCUGAACUCUGUUAUCGUGGACCUGCAGAAGAAGAAUGAAGACCUUAAGGGCAAGCUGGAGAAGAUGGCAGAGGCUUCCCUUAAUGGGAAUAAUGCAAGAGAGCUUGAUAACUAUGACGGGUCAGCCUUCUCCCAUGCUAUUAAACACUAACCCUGAGUCAGAAAAGUUCAAGCCCACACUAACCUCAUGUUUUUCCUUUUUUGCUAAUUUUAUUAAGUUAGUUCAGAGCAUAAAGCAGUAUUUCUAUUUUAACGAUUCAUCAUAGUCCAAAUUGCCAUCAACCCCCCCCCCAUUUGUCUAGUCUUCUGUACAUACUCACGGCCUGACCCUGUAUGUCUCCCACCGUCUCCUCAGCGGUUUUAGUGAAGGUCCCUCCAAAAAGAAGGUCCCACCAAGGCUCUUCUGUGACAUCUGUGACUGCUUCGACCUCCAUGAUACAGAAGACUGUCCCACUCAGAUGCAGAUGCCGGACUCCCCACCCCACACCACCUACCACGGCAGUAAGGAUGAGGAGAGAGCUUAUUGUGACAUCUGUGAGACCUUUGGCCACUGGACUGACUCCUGUAACGACGACCAGACCUUCUAA